CAUCAUCUCCAUCGAAGAUGGAUCAACCCAUUCCCCCAACUCCUAGCUUCUCAUCCUUAUCAAAAUGAAUCUAGAUGUUAAUUAAAUUCAAGUCAGGACAUGACAGGAAGCUAAAAGUUUAUGUAACAGGAUAAAAGUUUCAGUUCCUUUACCCCUCCGGAUUGACAAAUCUGCUGGAUCAAGCUUGUUAAUCCUGAUUUCUUCCUAAUCCGGAAUCCGUCCUUCACCCUUCACCGUUGUUCGCAACGGCCUUGCAACUAUUGUAGCGGCACAAUAGUUGCAACUCGGAGUGUUCUCUGUUACUCUGUAACUCGUUGUCGUUUUCCAAUCUCGAUUUCGUAGUUGUUGUUAGCGCAGCUAAUGUUGUUCUGUUUUUCUUUCUUGUUUUAGCCAAAAUGGCCGUUUCUGACGUUUCCCAGAAAUAUGACGUCAUAAUUCGAAUUUUUGAAAUUUUAAAAUACCAGAAUGUUCCAGCCCUCACCGUCUGGCCAAUCGUUCCAAUAACGUUCUUAGUUCUUAAUAAUCACCAAUCCGGAAGGCUCGCUGCUAAAAAUUCGAAUUCUGCAGAGAUUGCAUUUUUCACAUUCUGGUCGAAUGUCACAAGGUUACUUCUAGACAAGAAUUUUUACUGCGUUGUUACUACUAUCAUUGUUUCUGGUCAGCAGAUAGUAUUACACCAUCCAUCGGAGAGGUAUCCUCCAAUUUAUUCGACAUGUUUUUCCAAGAGUUGAUAUUUUUGUGUUUCUCUAUAUUGAGUCACUACCAUAUUCAUUUCUUUAUCGGCUAAAUACGCAUAAAUGAAGAACUGUAAUGCAAUAUCUUUCCAGUCUUUGUCUGUUUUGUAUUGGCACUUUGUCCCGAUUUUUAUUUUUUGGUACAUACAUUGCGAAAAACAACAACCAAAAUCUGCAAAGCAUGGAAAAUUUCUCAAAAUGUCGUUAUCAUUCGAUUUCAUAAUUGUGAUUUCGGUCAUCAAGGGAAAGCCUACUAUUUUGUUGCAUUUUUCGCGAAAAAAAUGAAAAACUUUUGUAAAUACUUCUGGAUUUUACGGUCAACAAUACCCAAAUUGCGGGAAUUUUCGAAGUUACAAAUUGAAUUGUAAGUUGGAGCAAAAAUUGCUUGUCCGAUUCUUUUGAUUCUUUUACCUACAGUUUUGAGCGGUAAUGUAGCUUUUUUUGCGACAUUUUCGGUAAUUCCCCAAUUCGCCCGGAAAAAAAACGGCCUAAAGUAUUUUUAAACCUCUAACGAUUGUCUGGCAUCAAGAUUGAGUCUUACGAGCUAUAAACAGUUACUCCCAAAACCAUCCUUGUCCUUCGUAAGAUCAGGUCAAGGAACGUGUUACAGUUUAAAGGCCAUCUUUAGCGAGGAAUUUUUUCGCCGAGCUGUUAAAGACCUUACCACUAGAACAAACGGGACUUUGUCAUCUCCUUUUAUCAUUAUCACUUCCAUAUCUAGAAAGUUGCAAGGAUUUUGACUAGAAUACGUGAUGAAGGGACGGACUCCUGACUGUGGCCUCGAUUACUAUGAUACUUUUGACCUUCUGAUUAUUAAACAGCAAAAUGGGUUUCAAUUUCAUGAAAUUUCUCACUAAGCCCCUGAGUUUUUUAAGAGAAGAUAAAAAGCUUCCUUCCUUGGAGGAAAACCUAUCGCCUCAUUAAAAGAGAUUAAGAAUUUACGGGCAAUUGCCAUCGGCAACACGCCCAAACGCAUCGCUCCUGAAUGGGGAGCGCCUUCAUAUCGCUUUAUAGAGACAGUGUGUUGCAUCACGUUUUUUUUUCAAAUGCUCCGAAUUAUAUAAACGUACUCAUUAGGCCAAAAUACUCUAUUUACGAUCCUAAUACUUCUGUUUUGGAGCCACGACAGCUUCACCAGGACAUAUCAAAAGCCACUAGGUGGUUUGACAUUUGUUCAUUCUGAAUCUGAUUGUCUUGAUUCCCUAUCAUCUGACCGUUUAGUUUCCCCUGCGUUAAUGUUACUUUUCCUGAAUUUAUGAAAUUCAAUGGUUUUUAACUGGGUGAAAUGAUGAAGGACUAGUGAAGUAACUUCGGUUAUCAUGAUAAUUUCCGACCUGAUGAUUUACAUAUAGUAAUUCUCAUAUUUGAGGUUUCGAAACUGGCUGUUAUUAUGAUUCAUUUCUAAUUUUUCAAAAGUAAAAAACCAUUUUGCAGUAAAAAAAAUAUAAUAAUUGAUAUUAGCCUAGCCGCAAAUCAAUUAUUAGAUGUUUUUUAUGGAAGUGAUUUUUCUUGAUAUGCUGAAUUAAUAGCUGGUGGGUUUUGAAUAGUGUAGUUGACAUAUGGCGUAAGUAAAAAUUUGACAAUAUUGUUGACUUGAUUGACUGUCGAUUUUCGUUUGAUUGAAAUGUUUUACUCUGCUUGGUAAUUUUCACAAAAUAAUUUUCUCGGAGUGUUCUGAAACUAGUCUAGAGCGGCUCCCAAGUUAUUCAACGUUUGAUUUUUUCUAUAUUAGUUUUUCAUGUAAUCUGAUUGAUAUUUUUUACUUGUUUGGUCAAUGAUUGUUGUUGACUUAAAAAGUUAGUGUUUUCAGCAUAUAAUUUUACACGAGUUUACCAAAUCUUAAUUAUCCAAAUAUAUCAGUUCUAGUAACAUUAUGCUCAUGAUUUAAUGCUUUUAAGCACGAGUAAGCUUAAACAAAUCGGACAAAUUUUAGUGAGUUACUUCGCUUAGUCUGACUUGCAUAAGUGCUGUCCAAUCUUCUUAUCUUGUUCGUUAUCAAAAGCAACCGCGAAGCAUAAAGCUGAGGCUCGUUUUGAUCAUUUUCAAAUAAUUUCACUCUCAUAGAUAGUAUAAUAUAAUUCAGCCCAUUAUCAUACGACUAUGGCAUUAGAAGUUGAAAGCUUAGAGAAAGUAUUAGACUCUGUCUCUUGUGAAGAUCACCGCAGCGAAGCAUAUAGAAUUUUAUUUGGAAAACAGUUGGAUAAAAUAGACUUUAACUUAUCUGCUCAAGAUUUUGCAAAACUUGUUGAUGUAGAACUUCAAGGGCACGCGUUUAACGCGGCUACUGAAGAAUUGCGUCCGCCUCGCAUUGUCAGAAUUGGAGCCUUCCAGAACCGUAUAGUGAAAGAAACGACUGAGCCGGUCGCAGUGCAAAAAGAUGCUCUCUUCGAAAGAAUUGGAAAAGCAUGCGAUUUGGCUGGGAAAUGUGGGGUCAACAUUCUUUGCCUCCAAGAAGCUUGGACAAUGCCUUUUGCGUUUUGCACCCGAGAAAGAUUACCGUGGACUGAGUUUGCUGAAGAUGCAGAAGACGGUGCCUCAACGCGCAUGCUGAAAGAUUACGCUUUAAAGUAUAACAUGGUAAUCGUUUCUCCUAUUUUGGAGAGAGACGAAAAAGACGUCAUAUGGAACACUGCAGUUGUAAUAUCAAAUAAAGGAAAAGUUUUGGGAAAACAUCGAAAGAAUCAUAUUCCGCGAGUUGGUGAUUUCAAUGAGAGUACAUACUACAUGGAGGGAAACACAGGUCAUCCUGUUUUCGAGACUGAGUUCGGCAAGAUCGCGGUGAAUAUUUGCUACGGAAGACACCACCCCUUAAACUGGAUGAUGUUUGGAUUAAAUGGGGCCGAAAUAGUUUUCAACCCGUCGGCAACUGUGGGAGCCUUGAGCGAACCUCUUUGGCCAAUAGAAGCCCGAAAUGCGGCAAUCGCUAAUAGUUAUUUUGCUGUCGGUAUUAACAGGGUCGGGACUGAGACAUUUCCAAAUGAGUUUACUAGCGGCGAUGGUAAGAAAGCCCACAAGAGUUUUGGACAUUUUUACGGGUCUAGUUAUGUUGCCGCGCCAGAUGGCUCGAGAACACCUGGUUUAUCCAGAAUGAAAGAUGGAUUGCUUGUAUGCGAAAUGGAUUUGAAUUUGAACAGGCAAACAAAAGAUAAGUGGUGCUUCCAAAUGACAGGGAGAUACGAAAUGUAUGGUAAAAAGUUAAGCGCGGCGGCUGCAUUUGGAUACAAACCAGAAAUAGUUAAAGACGAAUAAAAUUGAAUAAACAAUUUCCGACUUCAUAGUCAGUUUUAACCCGCUAUUACUGCAUUAGCUUUUCAGAUGAUCAGCUUUUAAUCAGAAGAACAUCAGCUUUCUAACUGAGCUAAAAUAGAAAAUUAUGUAUUUGUAUUUGGAUUAGCUUUUUUUACCGAU